CGCACACGCGGACGCAUCCAACAUGGCGUCGCCGUAUUUCCAGGAGAUGCAGGAGAGCUUCAGAAAUAACAGUAAAAGCCGUGAAUUCCCGGCUCAUACGGCCAAAGUUCACUCGGUGGCGUGGAGUUGUGACGGGAGGAGACUGGCCUCCGGCUCUUUCGACAAAACAGCGAGUGUUUUUAUUCUGGAAAAAGACCGUUUGGUGAAGGAGAAUAACUACAGAGGACAUGGAGACAGUGUGGACCAGCUCUGUUGGCAUCCCACCAACCCGGACCUGUUCGUCACAGCGUCCGGAGACAAAACCAUCCGCAUAUGGGACGUCCGCACCACCAAAUGCAUCGCCACUGUCAACACCAAAGGAGAGAACAUCAACAUCUGCUGGAGUCCUGAUGGACAGACCAUCGCCGUCGGCAACAAAGACGACGUGGUGACGUUCAUCGACGCCAAGACACAUCGGUCCAAAGCGGAGGAGCAGUUCAAGUUCGAGGUGAACGAGAUCUCAUGGAACAACGACAACGACAUGUUCUUCCUCACCAACGGAAACGGAUGCAUCAACAUCCUGAGUUACCCGGAGCUGAAGCCCAUCCAGUCCAUCAACGCCCACCCGUCUAACUGCAUCUGCAUCAAGUUCGACCCCACGGGGAAGUACUUCGCCACCGGCAGCGCUGAUGCCCUGGUCAGUCUGUGGGACGUGGACGAGCUGGUGUGUGUCCGCUGCUUCUCCAGGCUGGACUGGCCCGUGCGGACGCUGAGCUUCAGCCAUGACGGGCGGAUGUUGGCGUCGGCGUCGGAGGACCACUUCAUCGACAUCGCCGAGGUGGAAACGGGAGAGAAGCUGUGGGAGGUCCAGUGUGAUUCUCCCACCUUCACCGUGGCCUGGCAUCCCAAGCGCCCCCUGCUGGCGUACGCCUGCGACGACAAGGACGGCAAGUACGAUAACAACCGCGAGGCCGGGACCGUCAAGCUGUUCGGUCUCCCCAAUGACUCCUGAGACCUGGGCCUGGGUCCUCCUGGUUCUUCCCGGGUCCUCCUGGUUCCUCUUGGGUCCUCCUGGGUUCACCUAGGUCCUCCUGGGUUCACCCUGGUCCACCUCCUGCAGUUCCCUGCCUCCACCAACAGAUGGAGCUGCUGGACCUUUAAAGCGUUCCCCUCCCUUCAUUGCCAUGGUGACCAUUCAACCCCUGUGCUGUAUUAUAUUUAGUUUUUUUAAUGUAAAAUACGUAUUGUUUUGAUAAUAAAAUCAUUCUGUUUUUAUCUUUUCUGUC